AGAGAGAGAGAGAGAGAGAGAGAGAGUGAGAGAGAAAUGGAGAAAGGGAGAGGGAGAGAGGAGGAGAAGAGAAAGAAAAAAAAACGAAAUAGUUCAUUGGAAUGAUUCCGAAAGUAACCUCGCACGCGUUCGCCGCCCUUCCGUUUUGCUCGUAUCCAUUGGUCGAUGAUCGCGCGCGAGGCUUCGCGCUUUUCUCUCGCGUCGAUUCAGUCUCAGUGCCGAGCACGACGCGAUCGGUACCGCAUAGAAGGAAAACUCUUUUAGACGUCUUCGUCUAAGAGAGAGAGAGAGAGAGAGAGAGAGAGAGAGAGAGAGAGAGGGAAAGAAAGGGAGUAGAUUGAAAAUGUGCUGAUUUAUUAUACCAGUGAAAGAGUUUCUUAUCGACGUACGAAUUCUACAAUUUUUAUAAACGUACAUACAUAUAUAUAUAUAUAUAUAUAUAUAUAUAUAUAUAUGUAUAUAUAUUAUAGUGCAUGUAUAUAUAUAUAUAUUUUUUUUUUGCCUCCAUUAAGAAAACAAAACAAAAGGAAAAUAAAGAAGAGAAAAGAAACGAAAAAAUAAGAAAACAAACAAGAAAACAAACAUCGGCCAGCUCGAUGAUGAAAUUACUGGCAGGUGUGGAGAAGGUGAGCGACCCAAUCGAGGACGAAUUGCCUAAAGAAAAGUCACAUAAUAAUAAUGAAGUUGAUGCGAUACAGGAUCAUCUUCAAGGUCUCAUCAGAAAGUGCGAUCACGUUCCGACUGAUUCGUCGAUCAAGGCUGACAUAUCGCUGAACAAUAAUGAAGAAAAAUUGAGACAAUUGUUAGCGUUUAAAGAUGCACCCGAAUACCUGCAGCACAAUCCUUACAUACUACAUGGAUAUCGGGGAUACUUAACUACAAAAUUAUGUGUCGAAAGUAUAUUCUGGUGGACGAAUGAGACGAUCAACAUAUGGAGUCACAUCUUUGGAUGGAUGCUGUUCUUCGGUUUGACCCUAUACGAUCUUUGCUUGUUAAAUAUACACGCGCCGUUUGGUGAUAAAGUGAUAGUAGCACUAUUAUUGAUCUGUUUUCAGGUAUGCAUGAUCUUAUCAUCAGUCUAUCAUACAUUCUCCUGUCGAAGCGAAAAGGAUUAUUGGUGUUUUCUGUCUUUCGAUCUAUUUGGCAUAGCACUUAGCCUGUUAUCGAUUUACAUGUCCGGCGUUUACUAUGCCUUUUGGUGUCACAAGGAUCUACAAAAAUUUUAUUUGGUGACAGUAUUGGUUAUAUUCCUUUUCGCGAUGGUACUGCAGAUACCGAAAUUGAAUGUUAACGGGAACGUGAAGCUGAUUGUGUUCGUAGCUUGGGCAGUUUAUGGAGUAUUGCCAACGCUGCAUUGGAGUAUUGCAAUGGGCGGUAUGGACAAUCCUAUCGUUAGAUUGUUACUACCAAGGGUACUUGGGAUGUACACGAUUAGUGGUUUAGCAUUCGUUAUAUAUUUGACGAAGAUACCUGAACGUUUCUUACCUGGCUGGGUCGAUUAUGUUGGUUCGUCCCAUCAAUGGUGGCACACGCUGGUCGUGUUGGCACUUUAUUAUUGGCACAAUACCGGCAUGCUCUAUGUCGAAUAUAGAAUGAACCACGGGUGUCCUGCUAAUAUGAAAUUAUGACAUACGGAUAAUGACGAUCCAUCUGUACCGCACUUCAGUAUGGAAUGUGCUUGCGCGAUGGAGAUGAACUUCGCUUGGCUGGCUUUGCAAAAGCAAUUGUCCUCAUAUAAUUUUGACGAGGGUAUAGCGAGUGUCUGUUUCCUGGAGAAUCCUUUCAAGAUCUACAUGAAAGGAUAAAGAAGAAAGGCAGAAGUUGAAAGAUGACGUGGCGAAGGAUUGAUAACGAGAUUGAUAGAGGAAGAACGAUGUAAAAGAGGAAGAAAUUGUGGAGGGAAGGGUUGAGAAGAGGGAUGGGAUUCAGAAAGAGAAAAACAAAAGGGAAAUAAAAUCAUUUUCCGGAAGAGAGAAAAAUGAUUUUAUUUCAGAGGACGUAGCCGUGGGAAGUGAAUUUUUCAUCACACAAAUGCAUGAUGAUUCAGAGAGAUAGAGAUGGAUAGAUAGACAGGAGGAGAGAGAGAGAGAGAGGGGGGGGGCAGGGGUAUAAAUAAAAGAGCAUAAGAGGGUGCGUGUACAAGACUUGAUCGUCAGAAAAUAAUCUUUUCGUUCGUGCGUAAAAAAAAAAAAAAAAGAAAAAAAAAUACGAGAACAACUGUGUCGAUUUAUAGAUUGUUAUAUUUUUUUUUUGUCUUUUUUUUUUUUUGUAUUGUUUCUUCUUCCUCAUCUUCUUCUUCUUCUUCUUCUUCUUCUUCUGCUUCAUUACUUUUCUCCAAUUUUUUUUUUGUUUUUUGCUCCUUCUAUUUUCGUUUUUUUCCUUUUUUUUUUUUUUUUUUUUUCUUAUUUCUCGUUUCGCAAAAAUCUGGUUAGAGAACAGAAAGAAAAAAAAAAAAAAAAAAAAAAAAAAAAAGAACGAAAGAAAAAGAAAAAGCCGUCGCGGAUCGAUCGGAACUGUGAGGGAUGGAUUGGGGGGGGGGGGGGGGGGUGGAACGGAGGUGGGAGUUAGAUCGAAAAGGAAAAAAUCCGAAUGUCCAAUUUUUUUUUCGCCCCCUUCUUCUUCCUCUUCUUCUUCAUUUCUUCAUUUUCCUCCAAAUUUCCCUCCCUCUAAUCUUUUUUUUUUUUUUUUUUGUUUUUUUUUUCUUAUCUUCUCUCUCUUCUCUUUUUCUUCGUUUUCCGUCUACUAAUGCCGUAUUACUCGUCCAAAACGAUUUCAUCGAUCUCUCUUCAAGUUCUUAGAGUAUUGAACUCUAUUGAUCGUUUAACGGAAAGAGGGGCGGGAGGGAGGGAGGGGGGGGGAGAGGAGGGUAGAGGGACGAAUGGUAAAAGAAUUCGCUGGGAUUGGCGCAGGGGGAGGGGAGAGUAAAAAAAUCUUUUCUCCGAAGUAUACAAACAUUUUCCGUCGUUUUUCGUUUUUUUUUUCUUUUUUCCUUUUUUGUAUAUUCCUUUCGUUUCUUUUCUCCUUCUGUUCCGUUUUCCUUCUUCCUUUUAUCUUCUUUCGUAUUCCUUUUUGUCCCUUCAUUCUUCGUCUCGAAAAUCACUAUUUAUAAUAUCGAUGGGACAAAAUCGGAGGAACGGGUUGGGAGGGAGGUAGGGAGGGUAUCUUUUUUCUUUUUUCUUUUUUUUUUUCUCUCCUUUUUCUUUCUUUUUUUUUUUUUUUUUAUUUUCUAUUCAUCUCGCGCGCUUAUGCACGUUGGCUCCUUACGCAUUAUCAUUUCUUUUUUUAUUACAUGUUAUCUAUGUUUUUCUUUCUCUCUCUUUCACUUUCUUUCUUUCUUUGUCUCUUUCUUCGUCUUCUUCGUAUUCGUCUUUUUUCUGUUUCUUUCUUUUUUUUUUUUUUUUUUUUUUUUUUUUUCUCUUAACACUCGAUUAGCGCUCCUCGCGCCCAAGACUUUUUCAUUUUCUUGCAAAUCACGAUGUUACGUGUAUUAUGUACAUUUCUUCGUAGUUCGUCGAGACGUCGCAUGGUGCGCGACAUACUUACCAUUUACUCAAUCUUUUAUUCCGAGAUUCUAUUUAUAAACUACCGUUUGGUGUGCACGAUAUUGCAAAGACGCAUAGGCUAUGCAGUUAAUAGAGGAAGAGACACAUAUAUAUAUAUAUAUAUAUAUAUAUAUGUAUAUAUAUGUAUAUGAAUAUUAUGAACACUUGUUAUUUCGAUUGGCCGGUCUCAUCGAUUUUUCACGAAUUGUUUCCGUGCCGAUACACCAUUUGUUUACAUUAAAGUUCGUUUAUAAAUUUA